AUGCCCGGGAUAGAGAAGCUGCCGAUCGAGGAGACCCUGGAGGACAGCCCGCAGACCCGUUCUCUGCUUGGUGUUUUCGAGGAGGACACUGCCGCCAUCUCCAACUACUGCGCUCAGCUUUACCAGGCCAUGCACCGGAUCUACGACGCACAGAAUGAGCUCAGCGCGGCGACUCACCUGACGUCCAGACUGCUCAAAGAGUACGACAAACAGCGUUUUCCUCUAGGAGGCGACGACGAGGUGAUGAGCUCCACUCUGCAACAGUUUGCUAAAGUCAUUGACGAGUUGAGCUCAUGUCACGCUGUUUUAUCGACUCAACUCGCCGACGCCAUGAUGUUCCCCAUCACGCAGUUCAAAGAGCGAGAUCUCAAAGAGAUUCUUACUCUGAAGGAGGUUUUCCAAAUUUCUAGUGACGACCACGAUAUGGCCAUAAACCGCUACAGCCGCUUGUCCAAGAGGAGAGACAAUGACAAGGCGCGCGCCGAGGCUGUGGAGGACGUGUACACGGCUCGUAAAAAGCAGCACCAGACCAUGAUGCACUAUUUCUGCUCCCUCAACACUCUGCAGUACAAGAAGAAGACCGCCCUGCUGGAGCCGCUGCUGGGAUACAUGCAGGCGCAGAUCAGUUUCUUUAAAUUGGGCUCGGAGAACCUCACGCAGCAGUGGGAGGAGUUCCUGGGAACGAUCGGAGCCAGCGUUCAAAACGUGCGGCGGGAGAUGGAGGAGGAGGUGGGCCAGAUGCAGGAGACCAUUCAGCAAAUGGAGACCACGUCAGACCCACUGUACGCACCAUGUGACCCGGACCCGGUCCACUCCCCCGUGAGCCGCAACCUCACCCGCAAACAGGGAUACCUCUUCAUACGCAAUAAAACGGGGCUGGUCUCGUCGUCCUGGGAGCGGCAGUACUUCUUCACCCAGGGGGGGAACCUGAUGCAGCAGGCCCGGGGGGAGGUGGCUGGGGGCCUCGUCAUGGACCUGGACAACAGCUCCGUGAUGGCCGUGGACUCUGACGACCGGCGCUUCUGCUUCCAGGUCACGGCCUUCGACGGCAAGAAAGCGGUGACGUUGCAGGCCGAGAGCAGAAAGGACUGUGACGAGUGGAUCUCCACCAUCAACAACAUUUCCAGAAGGAUUUAUUUGAGCGAGAAUGCAGAGGAGCUAGCGGCGCGAGUGAACCAAACGGCUCUAGAGGCUGUGACGCCAUCGCCAUCGUUCCAGCAGCGCCACGAGAGCAUGAGGCCCAGUAAGGCCCGGCCGGCUCGGGCCAGUAGCAUCACCUCCGUGGGGUCUGAGCCGUCGCCUGCCCUCUCUGUGCUCUCAUUGGACGCCUUGGUCGCUCCGGACACGCCCAUUCAGUUUGACAUAAUCUCCCCGGUAACAGAGGAGAGCGAAGGGCCUCAGCGGACCUCAGCUCAGAGCGGCAGGAGGAGCAACCCGUUUGGAGAGUCUGGAGACGAGGCCAGUGAAGACAGUGAAGACUCCAUCUUGCAUCAGCUCUUCAUCGUUCGGUUCCUGGGCUCCAUGGAGGUGAGGACGGACUCCGCAGACGUGAUCUCAGAGACCAUGCGGCAGAUCCUCGCCGCUCGAGCCAUUCACAACAUCUUCAGAAUGACCGAGUCUCACCUGCUCGUCACCUGCGACUGCCUCAAACUCAUCGACCCCCAAACACAAGUGACUCGUCUCAGGUUCCCGCUGUCGUCGGUGCUGCAGUGUCAGUCUCAUCAGGACAACAAGCGUCUGUUCGGCUUCGUGCUUCAGACCCACAGAGACCCGCGCUCCAUCUGCUACAUCUUUGAGUCCAACAACGACGGGGAAAAGAUCAGCGACAGCAUCGGGCUGGCAAAGCAGAUCGCCUUCCACUCCGAGAUGGAUCGAAAGGCGGUGGAGAAGAGGAAGGAGGAGGACAAGGCCAAAGAGAAACAGCAGGAGGAGCUCAGCAAACAGCGGCAGAUCGAGAAGGACCUGGAGGAGCAGAGCCGUCUCAUCGCCGCCUCCAGCCGCCCUUCCGCCACCACGCCCUCCUCCACAGACGGACACUUCCUGGUUCUGGGCCAAUCGGAGAACGGUGAGGAAGCAGCUCAGGGGGAGGCGCCGAAGCAGGAGUCGGACGCGUGA